CUUUGAUCGUGAUUUAUAAUACAGAAGAUGACUCGAGUUCUGGAGUCUGGACAGCGGCCUGCUUUGCACCCACGAAAGGAUCGGUACUCGGGAGCAAAAUUCAGCGACCAAUCAGCUACUUAAAAUUUAUAAUAAGUAUCAUGAUAGGUUUUGGUCUGAGGUAGUAGGUACAAAACUAUAGAAAAUACCUAAUAUUUUCUUGUACGAUCACUACAGUCUACAAUCCCCAGAUAUAGAUAAUAAACUAAAUUCCAAUAUUAAAUUUUAGCAAUCUAGUUUAUUAAUUUAUUAUCUGUGCUAUACAAUCAAAGUUUGAAAAAUGAAAACCCUCCAACAUGACGUUACAUGGCCAUCAGAAAAACUAUAUUAUUAUAAAUUAUAAUAUUAUGACAAUGCUUUCGCGGGAAUUCGAAAAAACGAGUGUUAAAAUUUGAUAACAAUUACGAUUAUAUCACGUCAUGUUUUUAUUUUUUAAAUUUGAGGAGGUACCUAUCCUUUUUGGAUGUCAAUCGUUCAUGGACUAUGGUCCGUUGAUCCAUACUCUAUUGUCAGUCAUUUAAAUAUUCAUAACAAGUUUUUUCAAAAAUUAUAAUUACAAAAUGAUUUUUAACUUUUAGAUAAAUAUAUAAAAUAAUGAAGUUUCGUGGUAAAAUUAUUGAUCCGCAUUGCAUGAAACAAUUCUACAGUAUUGUGAUUAUUUUAUCCAAAUUAUGUAGAAAUGUAGUUUUGAGACUGAGUUCUACUAAAUUAUACUUAAUCGCUUCAAAUGAAUCUAACAGUAAUCAAAUAAGUGUUUGGUCUGUAUUAGACCAACAGUCAUUUUUCAAAGACUAUGACAUGAUUGGUGAAACAGAAUCUAAUGAAAUUUUAUUCAGCUUACCAAUUGACAUGCUAGCAUCUUCACUGAGUUCAGCAAAACAAACAAACUUAAAAACUCUCAAGAUGAAACUUACUGAUAAACUAUCGCCAUGUCUAACUAUCGAAUUGGAUCUGGAAUCCCAAGUAUCUAGUAAACAGUUAUGUACUCAUGAUAUUCCAGUUUCUGUUAUACUACCAAAAGAUUGGUCAGCAUAUAAGGAGCCAACCAUACCUGCUCAUAAUAUUAGUGUUGUUAUGCCAUCAAUACGAGUAGUACGGCACAUUGUUGACAAGAUGAAACGCAUAGGUCCCAGGUUAAUAGUAUCAUUAGAUUCUUCUGGGAAAAUGGUUUUAGGAGUAUCAAAUUUAUCAGCCACAGUUGACACACAUUUUAUAGGUCUUGAGAUAGUUAGCGUACACAAUUUAACUGAUAAAGAAAACAAAUAUUCUACAGUAGUUGAUAUCAAAAAAUUUUCACAAUUUUUAAAUUGUGAAACAUUAAACUUGUCAAAAAUAUUAUGUCAUGUAGUUGAAGGAAUGCUGUUACAUUGCUCAAUAGAAGAAGAUGAAUAUGUAUUACAUUAUUUUUUGAGCGGAAUUGAUGAUUAACAUGAAAGUAUUAUCGGGAAAUAAAUUUGUAAUUUAAAUAAAUAUUUAAAUGUAUGUAACUUUAAAUGUAUGAAUCUGAACCAAGAUCCAAAUUUUAAAGAAAUGUAAGGUAACAGCUUACUAUUAAAAUAUAUAACUUUCAAAAAAGCAAAAUAAGAAAUUAAAAUUAAGAAUCACACAAUUUAAAAAUUGAUAGUUAAUAAGUCCAAAUAUACAUUUGUUGUGUGCUGCUCUGCCAGUGAUCCAGAUUUUAAGCUGUGUGUAGUCUGAUUCAAUUAACUAAGAUAAUUUCUAAUAGUUGAAAUAAAAUACAAGUUCAAACAUAAUACUUCAAUUGUCGUGUGGAAUGAUGGUGCUUUGAACUCAAUAGCUAAAGUGGCAGAUUUGAGGGGGGACUAUUGCCCCGGGUAACACUUUUUUGGGGGCAGCAAACUUAGUGGCAAAUCAAUGUCAACAAAACUUUCAAUUAAUAUUUAAAUAUCAACAAAACCAUGCUGUGCAAUCAAUCUCCUCAUCUGAUAAUACAUGUAUUGGUUGGUUGUCAAAUACCUAAACCUUUUGUUCUGUGUCUAAAUUAAACAUUUCUUGUGGGCUAUAAUGUUAGUAACAUCGUACUGUCUGUUCAAAAAGGCCAUAUAUCAAAAAUGAUAUAUUGUACAGGAGACUGUUUUCAAUAUUUAAUAGCUACAGACUACAGUAAUUUUGCAAGUUAUCUUACACCACAUACCUAUAAGUAUAACAAAUUGUAUUAAAAAAUUUCUUGUAAGUUUGAUUAUGCACUUUUUAAAAACUUAAACUUACCAGAAAUAGUAUUUUUUUUAUAAAAACAAUAAAUAUCUUAAGAUACUUA